GCAGCUGCUGCCGCCACCGCCACCGCCUCCGCCGCCGCCGCCGCCGCCGCCUCCGCCUCCGCCGCUACCGCCGCGUUUGGGUGUAGAAUUAAGAAUUCCUGCGCCUCGUUAACAAUGAAGCAGAGUUCGAACGUGCCGGCUUUCCUCAGCAAGCUGUGGACGCUUGUGGAGGAAACCCACACGAACGAGUUCAUCACCUGGAGUCAGAAUGGCCAAAGUUUUCUGGUUUUGGAUGAACAAAGAUUUGCAAAAGAAAUUCUUCCCAAAUAUUUCAAGCACAAUAACAUGGCAAGUUUUGUGAGGCAACUAAAUAUGUAUGGUUUUCGUAAAGUAGUACAUAUUGACUCUGGAAUUGUGAAGCAAGAACGAGAUGGUCCUGUUGAAUUUCAGCAUCCUUACUUCAAACAAGGCCAGGAUGACUUGUUGGAGAACAUUAAAAGGAAGGUUUCAUCUGCAAAACCAGAAGAAAAUAAAAUUCGUCAGGAAGAUUUAACAAAAAUUAUAAGUAGUGCUCAGAAGGUUCAAGUAAAACAAGAAACUAUUGAGUCCAGGCUUUCUGAAUUAAAAAGUGAGAAUGAGUCCCUUUGGAAGGAGGUGUCAGAAUUACGAGCAAAACAUGCACAACAGCAACAAGUUAUUCGAAAGAUUGUCCAGUUUAUUGUUACGUUGGUUCAGAAUAACCAGCUUGUGAGUUUAAAACGCAAAAGACCGCUACUUCUAAACACUAAUGGAGCUCAAAAGAAGAAUUUGUUUCAGCACAUAGUAAAAGAACCAGCUGAUAAUCACCAUCAUAAAGUUCCCCACAGUAGGACUGAAGGUUUAAAGCCAAGGGAGCGGAUUUCAGACGAUAUCAUUAUUUAUGACGUUACUGAUGAUAAUGCAGAUGAAGAAAAUAUCCCAGUUAUUCCAGAAACUAAUGAGGAUGUUAUAUCUGAUCCCUCCAACUGUAGCCAGUACCCUGAUAUUGUCAUUGUUGAAGAUGACAAUGAAGAUGAAUAUGCACCUGUCAUUCAGAGUGGAGACCAGAGUGGACCAGCCAGAGAAUCCCUAAGUUCAGGCAGUGAUGGCACCAGCCCUCUCAUGUCUAGUGCCGUCCAGCUAAAUGGCUCGUCUAGUCUGACCACAGAAGAUCCUGUGACCAUGAUGGAUUCCAUUUUAAAUGAUAACAUCAAUCUUUUGGGAAAGGUUGAGCUGUUGGAUUAUCUUGACAGUAUUGAUUGCAGUUUAGAGGACUUCCAAGCCAUGCUGUCAGGAAGACAGUUUAGCAUAGACCCAGAUCUCCUGGUCGAUCUUUUCACUAGUUCUGUGCAGAUGAAUCCCACAGAUUACAUCAAUAAUACAAAAUCUGAGAAUAAAGGAUUAGAAACCAAGAGCAAUGUAGUUCAGCCAGUUUCAGAAGAGGGAAGAAAAUCUAAACCCAAAACAGAUAAGCAGCUUAUACAGUACACUGCCUUUCCACUUCUUGCAUUCCUCGAUGGGAGCCCUGCUUCUACUGUUGAACAGGGGAGUACAGCAUCAUCAGAAGUUAUGUCCUCUGUAGAUAAACCCAUAGAAGUUGAUGAGCUUCUGGACAGCAGCUUGGACCCAGAACCAACCCAAAGUAAGCUUGUUCGCCUGGAGCCAUUGACUGAAGCUGAAGCUAGUGAAGCCACACUGUUUUAUUUAUGUGAACUUGCUCCUGCACCUCUGGAUAGUGAUAUGCCACUUUUAGAUAGCUAAAUCCCCAAGAAGUGGACUCUACGUGUAUAUAUUCAUCAAAAUGAUGAACUAUUUAUUUUAAAGUAUCAUUUGGUACUUUUUUUUUUGUAAAUUGCUUUUUUCGUUUAAUCAGAUACUGUGGAAUCAAAAGCACCUUUUGCUUUUCUCACUAACCACACACUCUUGCAAAGCUUUCAGAUGUUACUCAGCUACGUAGGUACAUAAGAUUUGAUGCGUUAAAUCACAGUAUUGGCAUAUCUUUAAGUUGGAUUCAAAUGGCCAUUUUUCUCCAAUUACAGCAAAUUGGAUUUGUUUUUUACAUGUAUGUUCAUUAACCCCAGUUAAACUUUUUGUUUGUUUGUUUUACUUGUUGAUGCUGUCUUGUUUGCAUUGAGUGUAAGUCACUAUAACUAAUGGUAGAACUCCUAAAGCUUCCUCUGUUCCAGUUGCUUUUAUUAAGUAUUUUUCACUUGGCUUCUUUAUAAAACUGGGAACAUAAAGUGCCUGUAUCUUGUAAAACUUCAUUUGUCUCUCUUGGUUCAGAGAAGUUCAUUCAUGUUCAACAGGAAAGGCAACAUAUACUUGAGUGCUUGCUGUCUGAUGCAGUUGCAGCUCCAUAUACAUAGAAGAAGGGGAUGGGAUGGUGUCAGCCCAUCCACUCACUGGACUAGUUUUCAGUAAAAGUUUUCUGGUUUGUUUGUGGUUUUUUGAAGCAUACUAUUUAGUAAAAUAAAUAUAAUGAAUGUUGCUUACUAGUGUCUGUUAUGUGUCUUCUUUGGAGGUGACAUCCAUGUGACAGUUUUUCCUUUUCAUAGGAAGUAGACAGACUUAAACUGUAAACUUUAUCUGUUGUCCAUUAUUCUUAAUAUGAGUCAUACCAAGAUUUUUGUGCCUCAUCUCAGAGGAUAGACUGUGUAUUGCAACAAGGAAGAAAUACAAUGCCUCCAAAUUUAAAAAUUAUGCUGGCUUGCUUUCUAUGUUGCUAUUAAAGAACUGAGAAAAGUAUGCUUCCAAUUGUCCCAAAUUAGGUAAAGAACAUUAUCACUGGAUGCCAAGGGCCUAUAAUUUUUGCCCUGAGAGAAGAUAAGAGAAACAGUUAAAUCACUUCUUUCCUUUGGAACACUUGCUCAGAAGAAUUAGAGAGACUUAAUGCAAGGCCAGGGCACUAUCACUUGAAGAAUUGUACCUUCAAGCAGAGGACUGAAAGCACUGAGCUAGCAUCUGAAUAUUUUAUAGGGCUGCUUGAUGAGGAAUUGCAAAGAUGGCCUUCCUGUUGGUUAUAGUCUCUCAGUAUCUUGGAACUUCUCUUACUGUCAUGUAAAAUUUCAAAUAAAGCGUAGCACAGAGGGAUAAGAAACCCUUCCUUAGCAGAUCCUAAAAUACUUGGCUCUGACAAUGGGAUCUUGGUGAACUAAUUUAAGAACCCAGAACAGUUUUCUGCCUAAGCUUUAGAGGUCACUUUCUUAGAGAUUGUUAAGGUGCGAAGAGCUUAGAGACUGAGGAGAAGAGAGCUUCAGAGACUUUUUCUUUUUCGCUUCCUUUCCUCACUGUGGGAUAUGAUUAAGUUUCUUCUCCUUUGGGGAUAACUUGAGAAGUAUUUAAAAAAUAAUUUUGAAAACCUUAUACCUCCUAGUACUUUUUAAGGUGACAUUUAAAUUUUUUCAUCUUAAGUAUUCGGGAAGAAUUUAGGAUAUUGUUAAUACUGCCAUUUUAAAAAAUAGUUGUUAUGUGCUUUUAAAUGUAUCUGAAAGAAUCUAAAUGCCAUAGUGAUUUGAUGUUCUUCAUCAUCCAUUCCACUUCCUCCAAAGAGUUUUAUCCUACUUUUAUUAUGCGUGACAGUCAUACAUUGAAAAUAAUUGUUGCACUUCUCUGCAACUAAAUUUGAAAUUGCGUCCUGUAACCUUAAGAUUCUAAGCAUUAAAGUUUGUCUCCGAUUAUAAAUACACAGUUGAUCAAAACAGUAUAAACGUAUGUGGCAGAGACUGUUAACUGAUUGCUGAACCAUUUCCUAUCAUGCAGUUAGAUUAUUUCCACCUUUGUAAACAGGGUAGCUAUGUAAUUGAAUUCUAAUAAAUCAGGAAAAGUGAUGUUCAGAACUUGCAGGUCUGGUCUGUGAACAUCUCCCCCAUGCAACCCUCCUCACCUUUUUACCCGUCUACUAGCUUGAUGCAGAGGAGUAUGUGGCUUCCAAGUAUACACACGAGAAGGAAGAAACCUGGCUUCCUGAAUCUCCGCUUAGAGAGCCACCCAUCAAUCUUGGAUAUUCAUUUAGACUUCAGGUGGGGUGGGGGGAGACAAACCUUCAUUAUGUUCUGCCUCUGAAUUUUGGGGGACUGAUCUGUUAGAGAUUUUAGUGUUCACUAACAGAAUAUAGUCCAAAUUUUGAUGAACUGUUAAACAUACAAAGUAAAAUUUUACCAGAAAUACAUCUUUUUGUGGGGUGCACAGAUCUCAGGGAUCUUUUUUCCCCCAAAUGUUUUAUUAUCUGGGGGUAAGUUUGUAUCAAUAUAAUAAGAGCAUCAUUUUUUUUUGUUUCUAUAAAGUCCUAAGAAACUUUUAUAAUACAAAAAAGAGAAUAGAAGGGAUUUUGUUACAGCAGUGUCACUCAAUUAUUUGAAGUCCUUCAGAAUUCACUAAGUAUUUUAAAAUUUAUUAGCUAGUAAUUUCAUUAGAUCAUCCUGAUUCAAUUUCAUUGAAAGAAAAGAAAUAAAAAUCACCUCAGGAUUUUUUAAACCAGUGUCGUUCUCUUACCAAUAUUUAAAAUUGUCUCUACUUCUGUGUUGAGCAAUUUUAUCCAAAGUGCCUUGGUAUUAAGAUUCAGAAUGAAUUAAGAGGUAUUAUAUAUCCUCUGUCAAAUGUGAAAAGAGUAAUUGUUCAGAGGGAUGAUGCCUUGUCCUGAGGCAUCUUUUCAGGCACAUCAACUUUAGGAAAAUGUACGCAUGGAAAUUGAAGAUCUGGAAACUGAUUCCUUUAACAGUAACCUAACUUGUGUUUACAGCAGAGUCUGUGUGCUGUUUGGAAAACAAAUAGCAUAGUAUGAAUACUUUAGAGGGUACCCCUCAUCUUCAUCCCGCCUCCAAGCUUCUUUUGCCUCAGUGG